CGCUAGUCCUCCUCCUCUUCCUUCCCCCCUCCUCGUCGACUGUGGCGCCGACUUCAUGGCCUCUGAUUGGUUCGGCCUCGGUCACGCCUCCUCUUCCCUCGACGAGGGCCUGGAACCGUACGGGGAGGAGGUGGUGGUGGUAGUGGAUGGCUGCCGCGACGACCGAACGGUCCUCUGCUCGAUGGUCGGGGCCGAUGAGGAGGAACCAAUACCUUCUCAAGAAGAACAAGAAGAAGAAGAAGAAAAAGAAGAAGAUGGGGGUGACUCGGAGCUUGAGACGCUUGCGGCGAUGAUACGAUUCGUGCUUCGCAGAGUGGAAAGAGGAGAAUGGUAUAUGUUCUUCUCUUUGACACAGUUUUUACUGGCAAGAUUAGGAAGAGGAGAGUGGUAUCCGCUCGUGGUUUUCGUUUGGGUCGCACUUAGAGUAGGAGAAGGGAACGAUGCCGAUGUCGAUGAGGACGCCGGAUACUCUCUUGAAGAUGAUCGUGCGGAGGAGGAGGAACUGCGCGGCGACACGGUGGAGCGUGAAAUCGACCAAGAUAACAUCGGAAUCACCCCCGCGGCGAGGCCGGUCGUCGAGAGGCUUCCGAUCGUGGUCUUGUCGGACGAGGACGCGGCUAAAAGAAACACCUUCUGCGCGGUCUGCAAGGAUGGAAUCGCGUCGGCGGAGGCCGCAAGGCGGCUGCCGUGCUCGCACAUCUACCAUGCGGGCUGCAUCCUGCCGUGGCUCGGGAUUAGGAACACGUGCCCGGUGUGCCGCCACGAGCUCCCUACCCAAGACGACGAUCUAAUCUCUCGCUAGGUAUGAUCUCGAAAACCAGAACUCAGCUCUCCGUUCUGUAGUGCGGCAUGUUAUCGAGGUUUUGAGAUAAAAAUCGAAGCUUUGGUCGCUCA